AUGGGAAAGACUUAGCAAUAAGUAAGCAAAAAGCGCAAAGACAAGCUAUUCUCUGAUAGUGAGGAUGAUAAUGAACAACCACCCAAGCUCAUUCCAAUAAAAUAGAGCUUUAAAAAACCAGAGGUUUCUGCUAUUUUGUCAAGGCCAGUUAAGCAGGCUGUUAUUGCUAGAAAAUAAGAGGAUGAUGAUGAAGAUGAUGAGAGUCAUUCUUAUGAUGAGGUUGAUAGUGAUCUUGAGAUAGCUGAAUUAGAGAACGACAAAGCAGCUAAUGGUCACGAUGACGAUGAUGAGGAUAUGGAUGACGAGAAGAAGACAUUUGAAAAGGAAAAAAUUUAGCAGUUUGCUCAGAGAGGCAUUAAUAAUGAGGACAUGAUCUUGAAAAGAAUCAGAGAGAUCAGAGCUAAUUUCUAUAAUAGACUCGAGUCAAAGAGACUCAUUAAGAAAUAAGGCAGAGUUCCCUUCACAGAGCAUAUGACUAUAACUAAUGAGCAUCCUAUGGUUGUGCCUGAAAGCUUGGCAGUUCAUGAUGACAUCAAGAGAGAAAUGGCAUUCUAUAUCAUGACCAGAGAAAAUGUCAAGAAAGGAAUGGAAUUUUUAGUGCAAGCUAAGCUUCCUAUUAGCAGACCUGAUGAUUUCUUUGCAGAGAUGCUUAAGACAGAUUAGCAUAUGGCUAAGGUGAAGAGCAGACUUCUAUAGCAACAAGUCAAGAUCUAAAAUUUUGAAGAACGCUAAUCUAGACUUGAGAACAAAAAAUUCCAUAAGGCCAUGAAAGCCUACAAACAGACUGAGAAGCAUAAGGAGAAGCGUGAUAACAUUGAUAAUAUCAAUAAGCUUAAAAAGGAGAUUAAGGAAAAGGGCGGUGAAGCAGAUGAAAAAGAAUUCAAUAAGCUAUUUAAUGGAGGUGGUUUCCAAAAAGAUGGAAAGAAGGGAUAGAAGCAGAGAGUGAUUGAUGCCAUUAAGACCAAUCAUCAUUAGAAACAAAAUAAAGACAAGCAGAUGUCCUAGUCAAGAAAUAAGAAUAAAGGCAGCAAAUAGAUCAAGAAGCCUACCAAGAGACCAGGCAAGGCAAACAGAAGCAAGCACAAGCAAAGAAACAAGAAGAUGAGAUGA